UACCACUGUUUGAAAUGAAUAGUAUCGAUCGUGUGAAUUAAUUCAAGACACCAAUAGUAAAGUUGGGACAGACCAUUUUCGCUGUCGUCACUCAAGCUUGUCAGCCAAUCAGAGAGCGCCUGAGCUCUCCUUAUAAUCCCCCGCAGGGCAAAGGAGCCCGUUUCCACUGCCAGAGUCUCCACUCAGGACAUUCGGACCGAACACGACAGCAUGACCAGGAAACUGCAAACUCCAAUUCCGGAGGAUGGCAAGAGGAGAAAAAGGGUUCUCAAACCAGUGGUGGAAAAGAAGAGAAGAGACCGGAUAAAUCAAAGUCUGGCUGAACUGAGAAGUUUGCUGUUGAGUCAUACAUCGGAUCAGCGGCUUCAGAAUCCAAAAAUAGAGAAAGCAGAGAUUCUUGACUUGGCUGUGGAAUAUGUUCAGAAGUGGACAGGUGGGAGGAAACUGAGAAAGGAGUCGAGCAGUCCCUUUAAGACGCGUCCUGCAGCGGUAAGCCUCCGUCGCUCAGAGUCCAACGCUCCCGCUCUCCUGACCAUGGAGAAUGCGGGCUUUCAGCAGUGUGUGGCCCAGCUGACCAGCUACGUGCACAAAAUAACACCGGCGCAGAGAACAAGCCUCAUGGAGGGCCUGAGACAUCGCACGGAGAGCCAGCAGGCAACCAACACUCAACCGGACUUCAGCCAGAGAGGGACGGAGGGACCGGAUGGAAUAUCUGAUGUCAUUUGCACAUCUGAGAGGAAAGAAGAGUAUCUUAAGAUUCCGUCUCACUCCCCCUUUCAGCCCCACUCUUGCUCCACACCGUUCCACAACUACCUGUCCCCCCCACCCUCUCCUUGGCUCUCCCCUUCUUUCUCCACUUAUGCCACCUCUCCUCCUUUCCCGUCAUUUGGCUCUCACUUCCCGUUCCCCCCAAGCCUGUCACCUCUGUCCUCCAACACCUCCUUCUUCAGUUUCUCACCCACGGCCUCUCACUCCUGCCCCCCUCUCCUCACACUGAGAUCCCCUCCACACCCUGUACUGAGGGAGGGGUCGCCACCAAACUCUUUUUUGACCAUGUGGAGACCUUGGUUUUGAUGGAGUGGCUCAGACACUGACAACCCGAGAGCAGCAGAGCCACCCGGUGGGAACUAUAUCAGCGAUCAUUGCCUGUGGACAGGAUGAAGGACUCUCCAUGCUGGACAUGUAUAGUGUACAUAUUAUCCAAAUUUCCUAUAUUUUGUAUUUGCUUCCUAAAUAAAAGUUUGUAUGUUUA